AUGACGCGGACUGCAGACAAUGUGAAGCCCCCCAAACUGCGCACCAAAACCUUCACCGGCUGCUGGACGUGUCGGGACCGCCGCGUGAAGUGUGACGACCAGCGGCCGGCUUGCAGACGCUGCCUGCGGAGCGGGUGGGUGUGCCAGGGUUAUGGCCUGCGCCUGGGAUGGUCGCAAGCGCCCGGCUCGCGCUCGCAUCGUCGCCAGAUCUGGUCCUCGACUCCACAGUCCUCCCUUGACCUCUCCUCGACCGCCGUGACGGCCCUCUUGGCGGAGCUCGAUGGCUGCUCGGCCGAGGGUUCUGCCCACCAGCGCGGUCCUUUCUCGGUGUUCUCCGCGACCAGCUCGGGCACCAACAAUGAAGUCGGCGAGGGCGAGGGUGAGAUGUCGAGUCUAGCGGAAGAUCGAUCGCUGGGACCGCAGAUGGGAGAGAGCAACAAUGGCAACGGCAUUGACAAUGCGAGGGAGAAUAAGAAUGGAAAUACCCCGAGCAGCGGUGACCAUAGUGAUGAAUCCUCGUCAGACCCUCUAGACGUGCAGUCGACAAUGCCGACGAGUCCGUCAAUCGCAAGUCCAGCGAGAGGAUCACCGGCAUCAUCCGGCCCUAUUAAUCUAACGCAUAACGUGCGACACGAUGCGAUCUGCACGAUCCGCCGGCAGGCUGCAUCUCGUCGCCUUCCUCGAAACGAAAACGAGCUCGCGACCAAUCUGCCUUUCUCAAGGAACAUAGGAUUCGUCAUGUCUAUCUAUCCCAUGCAGCUCCCCAAACCGGAGACUGAGCUGGUUCAUCACUGGGUCGUCUUCCUUAGUGGAAACAUGCUGCUGAUCGAUACCCCAGACAACCCAUGUCGGACAAUCUUCAUGCCAAUGGCAUUGAAGGGACUGGAUGCAAGCUUCGAGGAGUCUAAUAUCCAUCUCUCCAUCUUCCACGCUAUCUGCGCCUCGUCCGCAUUUAGUCUUUUUCAUCUGCGCGGCGAUCCACGCUACCAGUCAGUGGCGAUGCACCAUGACCAAUUGGCAUUGCGGCAUCUGAGGCAUAAUCUGCAGAAAGCGAAGCGCUUGGACGAGCCCACCCUCGCUGCCGUCCUUUCGUGCAUCACGGCCGAGGCCAUGUCCGGGCGGCGCACGCGAUGGAGGACGCAUGUCGCCGGCGGCCUGGGCCUUCUUGAGAACGAGUUGAACGGCGGUUGGAUUCGUGGCCCAGCUGCAUCUCGCUUGCUGCAGAGCUACUUGUCACUUUCAUCUCUCUGCAAUCUCCCAAUGUCGAGCCAACUCGUGUCUCUGCUCAAUGGGCCGUCAGAGCUACGGUACUAUCUGGAAAGAUCCCAUGGUAUCACGACACCACUCGUCCAGUUCCUGGCCUACAUUACCACCAUAAUCGAGUCCAAAGCAGAGGUAUCAAUAGAGGAACUCGAUCGACUAGAGCUGCAGCUCUACCUGAACUUCCCUGUCUAUCCAACCCUGACGCACCGGGAGCUACUACGAUUCAACACGCUUUGA